AUGGUGGGAGACCAGUCUGUAUUGACGCAACACAAGUUUGCAGUUACAGGUGCGCUGCUACUUGGUGUCACAGUGCUCCUCGACGCUGCCCGCAGGUUUCGCUCCAAGAGAAAGCCGGGUGAAUUAAUCCCUUCUUUGCCAGGUGGGUGGCCUAUUAUGGGUCACUUCUCUACUCUCAUGCGAUACUGCCGACAGAAUACCAAUUUGGCAUUGGGACGCUGGGCAGUGGAUGUGGCGCAACAUCAAGGCUUCGGGAUCUACUUGGCAACACUCGCGGGCCAUGAUUUGGUCUGGGUGAAUGAUGCCGAUUUGGCGGAGGAGAUCAUGCAAGGAGACCCGCACAGGUACACGAAAGAUUUCUCCGCGCUUCCACUAGGAGGUGACCUCCUCGGUAUCUCCUUCGGAGCUGGCUUGUUCUUCGCCCCGACGGAUGAUCUGAAGUGGGAGAUCCCGCAUCGGAUCUUGAAGAACCCCUUCUCAGUGCGAGGCAUCCGCGCCAUCAUGCCCAUGAUGCGGGAUCAAGCCGACAAGCUCGUUGCGGCACUGAAGCGAGAUGUCGGCCACGGCGGGGUCACGCACAUCGAUGCAUGGGUGACGAAGAUGGCAUUCGAGACGAUCGCAGUGUGUGGACUGGGCACGUCCUUCGGGUGCUUCGAAGACGACCAAACCCACCCAUUCAUCAAGGCAUUGAACCAGACGAUUUCGGCCAUCGAUCCUUUGGGCGCAUGGCCAUCCAUGCUCAGGCCCAUUUUCUGUCGUGAGCUCCUGAAGAACUUCAAAGCAUCGAGCAAGAGUGUCCGUGACACCUGCUGUGACGUUAUUCGCAAGCGUCGCGCUGCUGGGGCUGCUGGCCUUGGGGAGAGCCGCAAGGACCUGCUUGACAUGAUGUUGAACGAUGUGGAUUCAAAAACAGGUCAAUCCAUGACUGAGGAUAUGAUUGUUGACAACGUCUUGACCUUCCUGUUCGCCGGCCAGGACUCCACUGCCGCAGCCAUGGGUUCUUGCCUUUGCUUCUUGUGUUCCUUCCCGGAGUGCAAGGAACGACUCAUCAAGGAGAUUGACGAAGUGGUUGGCACCAACCAGUUGGAGUGGGACCAUCUGGGAAAGUUGCAGUACUUGGAUUGGUGUUUGAAGGAAACACUUCGUCUCGCGCCUCCAGCGCCUGGCAUCGUCCGGCAGUCCACCGAAGAGCAGCUUAUUGGAGGGAAAUGGAGGAUGCCUGCGCAGAUGCCGGUGGUCAUCAACAUCAUGGCUUUGCAUUACAGCAAAGAGCUGUGGGGCGAGGAUGCUGCCGAAUUCCGCCCAGAGCGUUGGGAGCAUGGCCAGACACACAAGUUUGCGUACCUUCCUUUUGCCACCGGUCCGCGUCAGUGCAUUGGCAGGGAGUUCACCCUGGUGGAACAGAAGGUCACAAUGGUGAAGCUCUUUCAGAACUUUGACCUUCGACCCGCAGACACAUCAAAGGCAGAGGAGGGCUACAUCCUUUUGGAGCACAAAAAUGCCGCGCACCCCCCUUUCCUCAACGUGGAUACGCAAGUCAAGAAGGACAGCGGCUUUUUGGGCUUGUUCCGGCCGUUCCAAUUGCUGGAGCGAAGGCAUGACCUUGCACAGUGA